CAGUGAUUCGUCAUCCGCUUAACUUCAGCCUGUCCACGGGCCACACGCUGAGAUACGAACCAGGAACGGCGGCACAUUUUCUGAGACCGAAAGCCGAAACCAUACCUAAUACGGACAAAAAUCCAGUGUUGUAGUGGGACCAUGGGAAGAAAAAGAUAGGGGUUCCAUAGAUUAUAGCUAUGGGCUCCAUAAAUUUUUUUCUCUUGCCUUUCUCUUUCCCUUCUUUUCACGUCUAGACCUUUGUUGGAUGGAGCCCUGACUGGGUCCUGCAAAAAUGAGAGAGACAAGACAGAAGUAUGUGACAGCUCUGCAGCAGGUCAAGUCUCUGACACUCACCUCCUAUCUGGUACUAGAUAACGUGGUCGUAGACAACUCAUGCCGGAGAAUAAAUACAAGGCAGACUAGUUUGACAAACAAAACAAAAAGUUUAUUAUCUAAGAACUUAUCCGCCCGCUACAUGAUAGUCCGUGACGAGAACCGCAUUAGCAGCAGAGCAGAGCAAACAGACCCCGUUACCACCAAAUGAUUGAAGAAAUUUCCAACAUCCACCAAUCAACCCACAAGGCAAGAU